CACUCACUCACUCCCGAUCCUGAUCCCAAUUGAUAAAAGCAAACGCUCCGUCACCUGAACCUUCCCAUCUCCUCAACUCUCUCUCUCUCUCUCUCUCUCUCUCUCUCUCUUCUCUCUCACAGCUGUCUCAGGUCUCUCCAGAUCGUCUUCAAGUUGAGAAAAGAUGAACGACCUAAUGACGAAAUCCUUCAUGAGCUAUGUUGACUUGAAGAAGGAGGCCAUGAAGGACCUCGAGGCUGGCCCGGACUAUGACCUCGAGAUGUCGGCGUCGAAGACCCAGAUGGACACUAACAUGGGGCUCUUCCUGGAAGAGGCAGAGAAGGUGAAGCAAGAGAUGGGCCAGAUCCGUGAGGUUCUGGGCAGGCUCCAGGAAAUGAACCAAGAGAGCAAGACCCUCCACAAGCCAGAGGCGCUCAAGUCCCUCAGGAGCCGGAUCAACGCGGACAUUAUGGCGGUCCUGAAGAAGGCGAGGACAAUACGGUCGCAGCUGGAGGAGAUGGACCAUGCAAACGCGGCAAAUAAGAGGCUCUCAGGAUGCAAGGAAGGGACCACCGUGUACCGGACCCGGUUGGCAGUGACCAAUGGGCUGAGGAAGAAGCUGAAGGAGCUGAUGAUGGAGUUCCAGGGGCUGAGGCAGAGGAUGAUGACCGAGUAUAAGGACACUGUGGGCAGGCGUUACUAUACUGUGACAGGCGAGUACCCAGAUGAGGAGGUCAUUGAGAAGAUCAUUUCUAAUGCAUCAGGAGGCGAGGAGUUUCUUGGCAGAGCGGUACAAGAGCACGGGAGGGGCAAGGUAGUGGAGACAGUGGUCGAGAUCCAGGACCGAUACGAUGCGGCCAAGGAGGUGGAGAAGAGCCUGCUGGAGCUGCACCAGGUGUUCCUGGACAUGGCGGUGAUGGUGGAAGCGCAGGGCGAGAAAAUGGACGACAUCGAGCACCACGUGAUGAGCGCCUCGCACUACGUCAAGGACGGUACCAAGGACCUGAAGACCGCGAAGCAGUACCAGAGGAGCAACCGGAAGUGGAUGUGUCUCGGGCUGAUACUUCUACUGGUGAUCAUCCUAGUGAUCGUGAUUCCGAUCGCCACGAGCUUCAGCCAUUCUUGAAGUGGCUAUUGUUGUCCUUAGAGUCGGAGGAUCUGACGCUCCGUGGUCCGCCGUCUGCCAUUCUUGAAGUGUGAUUGUUGGGUGGAGGUUGGAGGAUCUAAUGCCCCGUGAUCCGUCUUCUGCUUGUUUUUUUUUUUCUCUUCUUGUGAGAUCCUAAAGAUUGAAGUGAUUUGGAUGUUGCAGAGAGAAGUUGGUCCUUCCUAUUGGGACUAAUGAAGUAUGUUGUGUGUAGUGUAAAUUCAUUCAUUCUUUGUGAUAUGACAUGACAAUUUACAGGAAAACUAAUGUUCCGGCUCUAGCAUUGUUCCGACUUCUAAGCAGUCUUCUUGUUUCCGA